CUCCUCCCCGCGGCGUCGCAGCGUGACAGAGCCGGCCGGUGCCCUCCGCCGCCCUCAGCGUUGCUGCUGCCGCUGCUGCUGCUGCCGCUGCCGCCAGGUUGUAGAAUGGAACUUCUGGAUAAAACAAUCAAUAGUUACUUUGAUAUUUGGCUUGGACCCAGAGACCCCAGAGUGAAAGGAUGGUUUCUCCUGGAGAACUAUACACCUACCUUUAUCUUCUCGGUCUUGUACUUACUGAUUGUAUGGCUAGGACCAAAGUACAUGCGCAACAGGAGACCGUUCUCAGGCAGGGGUAUUCUAGUGGUCUACAACCUUGGACUUACACUGCUUUCUCUGUAUAUGUUUUAUGAGCUGGUGACAGGAGUAUGGGAAGGAGGCUACAACUUCUUCUGUCAGGAUACACACAGUGGAGGAGAAGCUGAUAUGAAGAUCAUACGUGUGCUCUGGUGGUACUACUUCUCCAAACUCAUCGAGUUCAUGGAUACCUUCUUUUUCAUCUUGCGGAAAAAUAAUCAUCAGAUCACUGUUCUGCAUGUCUACCACCAUGCCACUAUGCUGAACAUUUGGUGGUUUGUCAUGAACUGGGUGCCUUGUGGUCACUCUUACUUUGGUGCCACGCUGAACAGCUUUAUCCAUGUCCUCAUGUACUCCUACUACGGAUUGUCUGCAGUUCCAGCAAUGCGUCCUUAUCUGUGGUGGAAGAAGUACAUCACUCAGGGGCAGCUGAUUCAGUUUGUCCUGACAAUCUUCCAGACCAGCUGUGGUGUUGUUUGGCCAUGUGCAUUUCCUCAGGGGUGGCUGUAUUUCCAGAUUUUUUAUAUGAUUUCUUUGAUUAUCCUCUUCACAAAUUUCUAUAUUCAGACUUACAACAAAAAGGCAUCCUCGAGGAGGAAAGAGUAUCAGAACGGCUCUACAGCCACCGUCAACGGGUACACAAACAGCUUUUCUUCCCUUGAGAACAAUGUGAAACAAAGGAAACAAAGGAAGGAUUGAAGACCAAACUGAAAAACCAUUUUGAUAACCCCAACAACAAAAUCAUCUGAUUGUAAGCACAAUAAGAGUUGUGCACUAAUACUCUAACAGCUACUGUAACUAUUCCUGCCUAGAAUAGUGUGAUUUAUGUAGGACUUAACCAGUGCAGACACCCUAGAAACUGUAUACAGAACAUAAAAGUAGGUUAAAGUUUCAAAGUAAUUCUGGGCUGUCACUGACCCUGCUGUAGACUGUGGAAGGGAGUAUUAUUGUAGUACCCAACACUGCUGUUGCCUUACUAGUCAAUAUGAUAGGUGCUGAAUUAUGAUUCACCAUUUGAAAACACUGUAAUCUAAACCUCCUGUUUGGUUUUAUUUUCCCUUUCUUUUUUGUUUUUUACUGUUAGAUCCUGCAUGUGAUUGUAGAGGUAGUUUGUACAAUUUGCUGGUUUCAGUAGAUAAAACACACAUGCCUUAAAUUAAAAGCAGGGCCCAAAGCUUAUGACUGGUUUCAAAAUUCUGGGUAUGUUUGAACUUUUUCCUUUCAGUUGACUGACUUUGUAAUAAAAGAAGCCAUUUAGAAGGAUCCCUUCAUCGUUUUGCUGUUCUGUGUGUGUGACACACGACGUUGCAGAGCUCUUAUGUGACACAGUGGAAUUGGAAAGGGCACAUUUAGUUUUGUAUUUGGGGCUUGAACUGGCUGAACAAUAAAAAAAAAAAGAAUUGGGUGGAGAAGUUCUUUUACCUUUUUAAUAGAUCUUAUUUUUUUAUUUGAAGUAGGUCACUUAAUGUAGAAUUAAUUGGCACUUACGCAGUCCAGUAAGACUUAAGUAUGGUCUCUAAGGUUUAGGGUAUAUGUGGGAUGGACCCAUCUUUUCUCUCUCUCUCUCUCUCUCUCUUUUUUUUUAACUUCCCCCCUCCCUUAUUUCUGGUAAUUCUUAAAUGCUAAAUGAAGAGUGGUUUGGUGUGGUUUGGGUUGUUUUAAUUUUUUUUUAACAAGGAAACUGGCAGAAUUUCAACUGUUAUGACCACAGCCAUAUCCACAUCUUAGGAGCUGCUGUUGGAGUAUGUGACAUAUCUGAGUAUUUGACUAUAGAGACAGAAAGAUGCUUUCCUGAUGGUGUUGUCUGUAUUUAUGUUGGUAUCCAUCUGGUCCUUCAUGUAGCAUAUGUUCAUUUUCACAGUGUGCCUAACACAAAUGUUGGGUGGGUUUUUUUUUCCCCCAAACAUCCAAAUUAAACAGUCUAAGUCACACCUAAUGCUUUUUUUUUGGGGGGGUUGGGGGUUUUUUUAUGUUUCUGGAAUGUGCUGGAAAUGUCUGUUUCUGUAGUGUGAGUUGUGUUUAUCACCAGUAACGUUUUGACUUGUUAUCUUGAAGGUUUAGUUUGAGUGCUCGUUGAAGUUACUCCUCCUUGUAAAAUCUUGCCUUGCACAUACGAGGAGUAAGCUGCAAAGUUACUGUCUGUUGCUGAUACUCUGGUAUCUGUCAGGGUAGAGUUUGGCUGGUGAAUAUUUUUAUUCAUUAAGCUCUGCAAAAUUGGAAGAUGUUCUGCUGGUCCUUGCUCAAGUUUAACUCUUUGGGGGGGUUUGAUAUUUAUAUAAAUGCCAGUUUUAACAUGUUUAAUUUUUGAAAAUUAAAUAUUUUUUAGACUUUUUUGCACAUCUCUUAGGGAAUUACUAAGUUCCCCUACUAGCCUUGUGGGUUUUCAUUCCUUGUUUUGAAGGAGACAGUGUCUGUUAUGUUUACAUUAUCAAAUCUUGUGCGUGUCUUCAUUUCCAGGUACUGGUUUGCAGUCUUUACAUAGCUCAGUACAGCAGCUGUAAUGUUCAAAAUAGGCUGUCUAAAUGUGCUAGAAAUAAACCCUUGGCUCAUCUGAAUAUACCUACAUUGUUAAUGUUUGACAUGGUUUAAUCAUUAAAACACUUUUGAUGA